AUGGAUCCGCAAGAGAAGGAAGUGGCACAAUCGUGCCACUCCUCAAACGAAGAAUCAGGACCCGAACGCAAGGAGACCGACAUUGAGAUCCAGAACCCCUCACCAGCCCCAGCAAAAGAUCUAUUCCCGGUCACAGAUCUAGACCGCGGGAUCGUUGGCUGGGAUGGACAAGAUGAUCCCAAGAAUCCACAGAAUUUCUCCUCGAGCAAAAAAUGGGCAUUGCUCAGCUUGAUCAGCGCAAUGACUUUAAUCUCACCUCUUGCAUCUAGCAUGUUCUCGCCCGCUAUCUCCUUCAUGGCGGCUGAGUUUGGAGAAACCGACGAGACAAUCCUCUCUUUCAGUGUCAGCAUUUAUCUACUGGGAUAUACUUUCGGCCCUCUCUUCCUCGCCCCUCUCAGUGAAAUCUACGGCCGUCGCGUGGUUCUCAGCGGCGCAAAUUGGUUCUUUGUAGUCUGGCAAAUCGGCUGUGCUCUCUCCAAAAACAUUGAAACCCUCAUCGUCUGUCGUCUAUUUGCAGGUAUCGGUGGAUCAGGCUGCCUCACUCUCGGUGCUGGCGUGAUUGCGGAUCUUUUCCCACGUGAGCAGCGUGGUAUGGCAACCUCAAUCUGGGCAAUGGGACCACUCGUGGGACCAGUUGUUGGCCCCAUUGCUGGCGGUUUCCUCGGUGAAGAGGCCGGCUGGCGAUGGGUGUUCUGGCUUCUCCUCAUUGCUGGUGGUGUGAUGGCGUUUGGUGUGGAGAUCCUCAACCAAGAGACUUAUGCGGCUGUUCUCAUUCGAUGGAAGACAGAGAAAUUGGCCAAGGAGACUGGACGGAGCGAUUUGCAGAGCGCUUACGAGGUUGGCAAGGAGCCCGCGUCUCCUCGAAAGGUCCUUGCGCAAGGCCUUAUGAGACCCUUGCUGCUCUUUUGCAAAUCGCCAAUCGUGCUACUUCUUUCGCUUUACAUGUCUCUCGUCUACGGCCUGCUAUAUCUCUUCUUCACAACGAUUUCAGACGUUUUUACCAGCCAAUACGGCUUCUCAGUCGGCCUCUCUGGCUUAGCAUACCUAGGCAUCGGAUUUGGAUUCAUGGCCGGGCUCGCCUUCAUUGCUCUGACCAGCGAUCGGGUUGUCGUGAGACUCACCAAACAAAACAACGGACAAUUCGAGCCUGAAAUGCGUCUUCCGAUGAUGAUAUUCUUCUCCUGUAUCAUUCCCAUCAGCUUCUUCUGGUACGGCUGGACAGCCGACAAGCAUGUUUUCUGGAUCGUGCCAAUCAUUGGAAUGUUCCCCUUCGGACUGGGUAUGAUGGGCGUGUACAUGCCCAUUCAAACCUAUGUCAUUGACUGCUAUCCCGCCUAUGCAGCAUCCGCAAACGCCACACUGACUGCCACCCGGUCAUUGGUCGGUGCACUGCUUCCUCUGGCCGGUCCCAAGAUGUUCGACGCCCUGGGUCUUGGCUGGGGCAACUCUUUACUUGGAUUCGUGGCACUAGCCUUCAUCCCGGUUCCAAUCGUUUUCACCAAGUAUGGAAAGUCGAUUCGGGAAAAAUGGCCUGUGAAUCUUGAUGGCAAGAAAUAA